UUGACUAGUCUUGUUUCUCUUUCCUCUGUUGUCGCCAAAAUCCUCAAAGUUAGCUCCUUUCUUGCUCUGAACCCCCUUUUCUAUAUUGGGUCUCUUCCCAUUUCUCCAUUUUUGGUUUUGGUCUCUGAAUUUUGAAGAUCUCAUAGUGAUAGUCAUAGAGAGAUGUCUGUUGAUUCAGCUGAGCAUAGCAUAAGAGGUGUAGCCACUCAUGGUGGACGCUAUGUUCAGUACAACAUCUAUGGCAACCUCUUUGAGGUUUCUACAAAGUAUGUCCCUCCUAUUCGCCCUGUUGGAAGAGGUGCUUAUGGUAUUGUUUGUGCUGCUGUAAAUGCCGAGACACAUGAGGAAGUUGCCAUUAAGAAGGUUGGCAAUGCAUUUGACAACAGAAUAGAUGCCAAAAGGACCUUAAGAGAAAUUAAGCUUCUUCGGCACAUGGAUCAUGAAAAUGUGAUGUCCAUUAAAGAUAUCAUUCGACCUCCACAGAAGGAGAACUUCAACGAUGUUUACAUUGUUUCUGAGUUAAUGGACACAGAUCUACAUCAAAUAAUACGUUCCAAUCAACCAUUGACUGAUGAUCAUUGUCGGUAUUUUCUAUAUCAGUUGUUACGAGGGCUCAAAUAUGUACAUUCGGCGAAUGUUUUGCACCGUGAUCUAAAGCCUAGUAACUUGCUACUGAAUGCCAAUUGUGACCUUAAGAUUGCAGACUUUGGUCUUGCUAGAACUACCUCUGAAACUGAUUUUAUGACCGAGUAUGUGGUUACUCGAUGGUAUCGAGCUCCGGAGUUGCUUCUUAACUGUUCUGAAUAUACAGCAGCUAUUGAUAUAUGGUCGGUUGGUUGCAUACUCGGUGAAAUCAUGACAAGGCAGCCCCUCUUUCCGGGGAGAGAUUAUGUUCAUCAGCUGAGACUGAUCACAGAGCUGGUAGGUUCACCUGACGAUGCCAGCCUCGGAUUUCUUCGAAGUGAUAAUGCUCGUAGAUAUGUAAAACAGCUUCCACAAUGUCCAAAGCAAAAUUUUUCUGCUAAAUUUCCCAACAUUUCUGCUGGUGCCAUUGAUUUGCUAGAAAAGAUGCUCAUCUUUGAUCCAAGCAAGCGCAUUACAGUUGAUGAAGCUUUGUGCCAUCCUUACAUGGCACCACUCCAUGAUAUUAAUGAGGAACCUGUUUGUCUAAGACCGUUCAGUUUCGACUUUGAGCAACCGUCAUUCACUGAAGAAGACAUCAAGGAACUCAUCUGGAGAGAAUCUUUGAAGUUCAAUCCUGAUCCACCAAUUUACUGAAAGCUUGCAUUAACUGUUGUAUAUGCAUAGUGACUGAAAUACUUGAUGACUCCUUUUAAGAGCUAUGAUAUGAGACUACUUGAAAAGUUGAAGAUCUCUACAUGAUUUGAAACAUAUUGGAGAUACUAAGAUUCAUUGUGAGAUACUAUGCGGAAAGGAUCAAAAGAUGCCCAACAUUACUAGAAGGUUUAGCAUAGACUUAGGGACCAUACUUUGAUUUACUGAACUGUUACUGCUAGAUGAGGAGAAUAUACACAAGAUCCUUUAAGCUUUGGAUACAGAAACUGAUAAUAAUAUCUAACUGUA